CGUAAAUGGAGUAAAAAACAAAUCAUGGCGUCCGACAGCGACAGCGAUGAGGAUUUUGUGACUUACGGGACUCCUUUGGAACCUUUGGAAGAAGACGAGCCGCUGAAGAAGCCCGUCCCGCUCCACGAUCAGACAGUCAAAGAUGAGAAGGGACGAUAUAAGAGGUUCCACGGAGCGUUCACUGGAGGCUUUUCAGCCGGAUACUUCAACACUGUCGGCUCAAAAGAAGGCUGGACCCCGUCAGCCUUUGUGUCGUCACGGCAACAGAAAGCUGAGAAACACCAUGCCAGGCCAGAAGAUUUCAUGGAUGAGGAGGAUUUCAGCGAACACGGCAUCGCUCCCAGAGAGAUCACCACCAGUCAGGAGUUCUCGUCCAGCCGCAGAGACGAGGCGGGAGAGAAGGCGAGAGCCGUCAGCGCUCAGGCGGCUCUGAUCCCCGGAGACACGCUGCUGGAGGAGCUGAUCGCACCUGCCAGGUCUUCCAUCGGGGUGGAGCUGCUGAUGAAGAUGGGCUGGAAGGAAGGUCAGGGCGUCGGGCCUCGUGUGAAGAGGAAAGCUCGCAGGCAGCAGAUGGACGGUGGAGGUAAAGUUUAUGGCUGCACGCUGCCCCCUGCUGGUUCGGAGGAAUCGGAGGACGACGACGAGGAGUUUGCUCCAGAGAACGUGACCUUUGCCCCGAAGGAUGUAACUCCGGUGGACUUCAACCCUAGGUUGGGAGUUCAGGGUUUGGGGUACCGCGGUCUGGACCCGAGCCUGGCGUUGCUGGGUCACGGCACGGCUGAACACAUCGAUCUGUUUAAACCUCAGUCUGAGACGAGGAAUCGCCUGUUUGGAGACACAAAGAGCAGCUCGAGGAGAGGAGGAGUGGUCGGACAGGCCUUUGGCGUGGGUGCGUUAGAGGAUGACGAUGAAGACGUGUACCACAGAGACUCCAUGUCCAGAUACGACACAAUCCUGGGAGAAGAGGAGCCGGGCGACGGCCUGUACGGCUGGACGGCCCCACAGCAGUACACUAAGAAGAAAGACAGAAGUAAAGAUGCUUCGUACCUCGGAAAAAUCCUGGAAGGAUUCACUCUGGCACAGAAACCCCUCGAGGAAAAAACAGUCUUCCCGCCUCCCUGUCUGCCUCGCGAUUAUCGUCCAGUCCAUCAUUUCCGUCCUUCGGUCGAUGUUUCACAUCUUUCCGGGGUCAGCCCCGCGUUGGCCGAGGCUCUCCGGGUGUCCAAAGGCCACAUGGUCAAAGAGGAGCCCCAGCAAGCAGGACGCCACCAGCUGGACUCUGGCCAGAGGAGGGCGCUGCUGGGAGAGGACGCCCUGCAAGGUCCCAGUUCGGUCAUGGAGCUGCUGAGGCCCGAGGACAGGCAGCGCCUGCUCAGCUUCCGCAACUCCUCUAACCCGCCCUCGGCCAAAACCUCCACCCCCGUCUCCAGUCAUGCCUCGCAGACAUCAGGGAAGUCGGCACAAGUGCUGCCUGCCUCCUCCGGCCUCCAGCAGGAGGCUCUGGCAGCGUGGAGAGGCAUCCAAACAUCGUCACAGACCUUCAAACCAUUUGAGAAAAACCCCAGCAAGCAGGCACGCUACGAACUCUACCUGAGCCGUCUCAAGCAGGGAGACAAUGACGCUCUGGAGCAGAGUCUAGACCCGGGAAUGACAGAGUGGGAGCGCAGCCGGGAGAGGGAGGAGUUUGUCCGAGCUUCUAUCUUGUACCGGCCCACCUCCUCCUCGCUGUCCUCCCGCUUCACCAGAGCCAAAGACCAGGAGGACGAUGACAGCGUGGAGGUCAGCCGGGACCAAGAGGGAGACCUGGAUGACAAACAGUCUGCAGUAAAGAUGAAGAUGUUUGGAAAACUGACCAGAGAAACGUUCGAGUGGUAUCCUGACAAACUGCUCUGCAAAAGAUUCAACGUGCCCGACCCCUACCCCGGGUCCGGUAUUGUGGGUCUGCCCAAAGUGAAGAGAGACAAGUUUUCAGUCUUCAAUUUCCUGACUGUGACUGAGAGCAGAGAGGCUGCAGCACCUCCAAAACCUCCAGAAUCCGGGAAGAAGUCCAGGUGGGAUGUCUCUGAGCAGAAGGUGGAGAAGAAGAAGGAGGACCCGCUGGGUGAGCUUCUCAGUGCUGCACGCAACCAGACUGAGACCAAAGUGGAGCACACCCCCACACCUGCUUUACCUGCCUCAGUCAGCAGCAGCGAUCAGGCUCCAGGAAGCAAACCGGAGAUAAAGUCAUCAGAGCAGCAGAGCCCAGAGCAGAAGAAAGAAGGUGAUGAAGAAGAGGAGGAGGAAGAGGAGAGCAGGCCUCCCAUGGAUCUGUUUAAGGCCAUCUUUGCCAGCUCCUCUGAUGAGAAGUCCUCCUCUUCAUCAGAGGGGGAGAGCAGCGAUGAGGAGGACGAAAAGGAGACAAAGGAGGAUGAAGGAAAAAUAGACUCGGAGCCACUGAACCUCUUCAGCAUCCCCUCCUCCUCAGCCGCCACCUCCUCCUCCUCAGCCGCCACCUCCUCCUCCUCAGCCGCCACCUCCUCCUCCUCCUCAGCCGCCACCUCCUCCUCCUCAGCCGCCACCUCCUCCUCAGCCACCACCUCCUCCAGUCACCAAGCAGCAGCAGUUUCCACUCAGGCCUCCAAACAGGAAGAGGAGGAGUUUGGGCCGAAGCUGCCGCCUCCCUUGGCUGCUCUGAUCAGAGGAGGCGCCACCUCCAUCUGCCCUCCAAUCAAGGAGGUUAAAACGGGCAAGAAGAGCAAAGAGAAGAAACACAAGAAAAAGAAGCAUUACAAACACAAGAAGGAAAAGAAGAAGAAGAAACACAAGAAGCACAAGCACAAAGAAACAGCCGAAGAAGAGCAAGGAGGAGAAGCCGGCGAGCAGGAAGGUGAAGGCGGACAGGUGUCGACAGACGAGCUGCUAAAAAGACUAAAGAGCAUCCGCUCCCAUCAGAUGUGGUGAAUCAGUUGGAAGUCUGUCCUCUGUGAGGACCGUCAGUCAGCUGAUUGUUUCACCUGACAGAUUACCUGCUGUGUAGUUUUAGGUGAUAAAAUAAAAUCUUUA